AUUGGACCCCUAUUAAAAUAAACAAAGCGGAAGGUCGAGCUUCACAGUGAGGUUUGGAGGCUGCCCCCUCUUCGGUCUGGAAACUGGAAAGUUUUAGUUUUGCUGCUGAUUGUGUAAAUUGCAAUGUGAUGUCAUCCCUUCUCCCGUUCACCAGCAGCUUACUGGGAGCAUCCAGGCGGCUCAUGUGGAAAAAUACUCCUGGUCUCUCUCCUCUGCUCAAACUGACCCCGCCUGCACCCUCAUGGGUUGCGGCUUUUGGUAAGAAGGACCUGCCGGAUCUCCCAGUCCUGUUGGAGGAAGAGCUGGAAGAGCAGUUUGUGAGGGGAUCCGGGCCAGGAGGACAAGCUACUAACAAAACCAGCAACUGUGUAGUGCUCAAACACAUCCCCACCGGGAUUGUAGUGAAGUGUCAUCAGACCAGAUCUGUGGAUAUAAACCGAAAGCGUGCCCGGGAUAUAAUGAGGGAGAAACUUGAUGUGGCGUAUAAGGGUGAACUCAGUGAGUUGGUGGUGAAGAAGAAAGAAUCUGUGUUGAGGAAACAAGAAAAACGGAAGAGAGUGAAUGAGAAUUUGGAGAGGAAAAGACUUUUUAAUGAAGCCUUGGCUGUAGACAAUAAACCUGGAGAUGACAACGCGUAAAAUGUUUGUGGGGAUAGUCCAUUGUAGGGGUGCACCGAUUUAUCGACCCCAAGCUUCUUAAUUUUAGGAGAUCUGUGAUCGGCUGAUAUUGUAUGUGAAGUCUGUCUUAUCCACUGAUCUUAUUUGCCUCAGCAAAUGUCCGAAAAUCAACUACUGUCAUCUGUUGCUCUGAUGUGAGAGAGGGUUGACUGAUAGAUCAGCCCACCAGGUCAUUUCUGCAUGUUUACAGUUAAAAAUAGUCAACCCACUGUUCCCACGUGAGUGACUUUCUUCCUAUAUUUAGCUAUAUCGGCCAGAUCAGGCUUUUUAGAGAUCAGUAAACUGUGAUCAGCCAGAAAACUCCAAUCGGUGAAUCCCCUAGUCCAUUGUAAUCUUGAAAUAAACAGUUUAUUCUUUCUGAAAAAUUUA